AUGACAACAGAAGCGGUAUAUAAAUUUUUACAAGCACGUAUUCGACCGUACAACGUCAAUGACAUUGCGUCGAAUCUUUCUGCAGAGACCAAGAAGUCAUCGAUUCAGCAGUCACUGGAUAAAUUGGUAAAAGCGGGAAAAGUCUUUGAUAAAACGUAUGGAAAAAUAAAAAUUUACUGUAUUGUUCCGGAUUCAACAAAAGAACCUCAUGAACUGAUCCGAGUAGAUCGCGAGCUUAAAGCACAUGCAAAUGAGCUUGAAACAAAGUUCCAGAGUCUUGACAAAGAAAUAAAAGCCCGAGAAGCUACUUUGGCGGCUUUGAAGGCCACUCCGAGCCUAGAAGAGGCUCAGCGACAGUAUGAAGAAGUCAAGGCGAGGGUUGAACAGCUUGAGAGUAAAUUAAAAGACCUUAAAGCUGCUAAUAAUUCCGAAGAUUUGGGUGAAAAAAAGAAGAAUGUUCAAAAAAGUUAUGAUUUGUACUCUCGAGCGUACUCCAAGCGCAAGCGGCUCUGUACGGAUGUUAUUGAAUCUAUCUUAGAAGGGUUUCCGGGUACUAAAAAGGCGCUCUACGAUGACAUUGGCAUCGAUGUUAAAGUAGUCGAGUGA